AUGGACAUCGAUAUUGAAAAACAAUUUUACACUAUAACAUUAUUGAAUAUUAUUCAAGCUGGAAAAUAUUUGCUUGAUUUAUUUUUCAUAGGUGAAAUUCGUGAUGAUGUUUUUGGAUUUUAUCGAAGUUCAAGUAAAGUUGGAAAUGAAACAAGAUGGAUUGGCGUGACACAAUUUUCAUCAACAUUUGCAAGACGUGCCUUCCCCUGUUUUGAUGAGCCAUACAUGAAGGCUCAUUUUAAAUUGCACAUAGGCCAUUAUAGUAAUCAAAAAGUAACAUCAAACACAAAAGCCGAGAGUAUCAAAAAAACUGAUGAAGAUUACUGUAUUACAACAAUGGAAACAACACCAUUAAUGUCAACGUAUCUUGUUGGUUGGGUGAUUCAUGAUUUUACCCAAGAUAAUUUAAUAAAUUCAUCAUUUCGUAUAUGGGCAAGACGAUCAAUGACUGGAAGAGGCAUCCAGUCACUGAUGGAAGGACGACAAACAUAUCUUGCACUAGAAUCAUGGAUGAAAAUAAAAAAUCCAAUUGAAAAAUUUGACCACAUUGCAAUACCAGAUUUUAAUUUUCAAGCAAUGGAAAAUUGGGGUUCUAUAACAAUGAGGGAAUCAGUUUUUCUUCAUGAAAUAAAUCAAACACCAACAUUGAAAAUUCACUCAGGAAGAAAUACAAUGGCACAUGAAUAUGCUCAUACGUGGUUUGGUAAUUUAGUUACACCAGAAUUUUGGAAUGUCGCAUGGUUAAAAGAAGGUUUUGCAACAUUUUUUUCAUACUUUAUUCAUUCCACAAGAGUAAAUAAAAUUAAUGAUAAUCGUAUGAUGGAUUUAUUUGUCAUUGAAGUACAGCAAGAUGCAUUGUUAGAUGAUUCUGUUAAACAUAAAAGAACAAUGAAUGGUGUUGGUAUUGAUGAAGUAGAAAGUGCCUUUGAAUGUCUUGAUUUUGUAACAUACAAAAAAGGUGCAUCAGUUAUUAGAAUGAUUGAACAAUUAAUGAAUGCAAAUAAUUUUCAACUAGCCUUAAGAUCUUAUUUAAAAAAUAAAUCAUUUAGUUUUGCAACACCUGCAGUAUUGUAUCAUCAUCUAAAUAAUUUUACAAAUACACAUGUACUUGAUGAUAUAAAUAUUGGACAAGUUAUUGAAACUUAUGCGACACAACCAGGUUUUCCAAUGGUCACAGUAACACGAAACUAUUUGACAAAUUCAAUUGAAAUAACUCAACAACGUUUCUAUCAAAAUGCAAAUUUAACUAUUGAUAAAUUUAACAAUUCCAAAUGGUGGAUUCCACUGAAUUUUGCAACAAAUUCAACCAAUAAUAUGAACAUGUCAAAUUUUGGUUCUUUGUGGUUAAAACCAUCUGACAAAGUCAUCAACACAAGCAUCAAUGUUAAUUCUUCUGAAUGGAUUAUUUGUGAUAUUGACAAGGCUGGUUAUUAUCGUGUUAAUUAUGACAAUCAUAACUGGGACAUACUAAUUAAUUACAUGAUGUUUAAUAAAUUUAAAACACUUCAUCAGGUGACUAGAGCAACAUUGAUUGAUGAUUCAUUUAAUUUAGCACGAGCUGGUUAUUUAAAUUACAAAAUACCUUUAAAUUUGAGUAAUUAUCUUGUUCGAGAAACAGAAUAUGAACCAUGGUAUUCAGCAAUAAAUUCAUUUAAUUUUUUACAUAAAAUGUUUCGAGGUUCAUCGACAAUUCGUACAAAUUUAGAGAAUCAUGUUAAACGACUUACUGAAGUAAUUUAUCAAUUUUUAACAUUCAAUGGAACGAGAGACGAACAACUUCGUACUAAACUUUUACGCAAUUUAAUUUUAUCAACUUCUUGUUUGAUGAAUAAUACAGAUUGUCUUAAAAAUGCUAAGCUUACGUUUGAAAAUUGGAUGAAUAAUAAAUUCAUCAAUCCGGAUGUGAAAAGCUUUGUUUAUUGUGUGGGAAUUAGACAUGGCAAUGAAUCCGAUUGGGAAAAUGUUUUCAGCCGAUUGAAUAAUACUGAGUUACAUUCUGAAAAAGAAUUAUUGAUUAAUGGCCUUGGCUGUACUAAAAACGAAACAAAAAUCAACAAAUUAUUGAAUUAUUCAAUUUAUGCUGGAUAUGAAAUCCCAAAGCAGUAUCAAAUUAAUAUUUUCAAUGCAGCUUUAACUGGAAAUCCUGAAAAUGUGAAAAUUGUUUUAAAUUAUUUCAGUAAAAAUAUUAAUAAUAUUAUUCAAUUACGUAGACAUACGUUUCUACAAAAAAUGAUCAAUAGUAUUAAGAAAGAAAUUACUUCAAUGGAAAAUCUUCAAAUACUUAAAAAUUUAAUUGAUUCUAAUAAAAAUAAUCUGGGCAAAUCUUUAAAAACAGCUGACAAUGCAAUUAAGUUUGCAGAAGAAACAAUUUCAUGGAUAAAAAGGUAUUCCCCUGUUUUCGCUGAAUUAUUAAUUACUAAAUUAUAAAUUUGCAUUUAUCAUGUUGCAUAUUUAUCAUAGAAUAUCUUUUGUUUCUACAAACGAUAAGUAAAAUCAUUUGCUGGUAAGCUAGAAUUUUUA